AUGUCCAUGAAAGAACAAUAUGCUAGGGUGCAAGACUAUGCGCAUGAGUUGAAAAGGGUGGACCUAGCAACCACCGUCGAUAUUAAAUGUGAUUUCAACAACUCUGAAAAACUGCCUAUUUAUAAAAGAAUGUAUAUUUGCUUAGGAGCAUUGAAGAUGAGGUUUAAGAGUGGUUGCAAACCCAUUUUGGGACUAGAUGAUUGUCAUUUGAAGGGUGCAUUUGGUGGGCAGUUGUUGUGUGCAGUGGGGUUGGAUGCCAACAACACAACCUAUGUAGUGGCUUAUGCAAUGGUGGAGAUGGAGAGUAAGGAUAGUUGGAUGUGGUUUCUACGGUUGUUGGAGAAUGAUCUUGAUAUCACUAGAGAAGGAAAUGGAUUUACAUUCAUUUCCGAUAAGCAAAAUGGGUUGCUCCCUGCAUGUGAACAAGUCCUCCCUCUUGCUAAUCAUAGGUUUUGUGUGAGACACCUAUGGACCAACUUCAAUAAGUUGUUUCUUGGAAAAGAAAUGAAGGACCAACUUUGGGCAAUUGCUAAAUCAACAACAUUGGCUUAUUACUGGAACGAGAUGGUGGUGAUUAAGCAGAUGCAAGUAGAUGCAUAUGAUUGGUUAACUGAUCCAGAACAACCAACAAGGAACCCAAGACACUGGUGUAGAGCGCACUUUAACACAAUUCUCAAGUGUGAUAUGCUUUUGAACAACUUGUGUGAAAGCUUCAAUGCUUUCAUAUUACCAGCUAGGUCAAAUCCUGUCAUUUCUUGCUUUGAGGAUAUCAGGGUGAAGUUGAUGAAGAAGGUUGUUGUAAGGAAAGAGAAGAUGAGCAAAGUCAUCAAUCCUAUUUGCCCUAAGCCUAGGGAGAUCUUAGAGAAGAACAAGGUUAAAUCUGCAACCGAUUGUAUCCCUAAUGGUACUGGUAGCCCAAUGAUUGAAGUGAUAGUAUUGGAAGAGGGAGACUAUGUUGAUGCCUGCUGCCUGACCAAGACAUACAUGGACAUUUACUCCCACACAGUGAAACCUGUCAAUGGGAUGGACUUGUGGAUGCCUACAGAUGAACAAGCAAUCCUCCCACCUCAGUAUAAUAAACAACCUGGUAGGCCUAAGAAACAAAAAAUCAAAGGUGCGUAUGAGAAGGACACUGAAGGAGGCCUCAAGCUUGGAAGGGUUCAAAAAUCUCUGAGGUGUCGCAACUAUGGCACAUUGGGUCACAACAUCAAGACGUGUCAUAGGCAUCUUCCACCUAAAACACUAGCAACUCAUGGGAUUGGGACAAAGAAGAGAAAGCUAAACAGUGGAGACGCAUCAUCUACUAAGGAAAAGGGUACCAAACCACUACCAAAAACCAAGAACGAGCUUAGGGCAAAAGCGAAGUUGAGAAAAGUUGCAGCAAAGGACAAAAGAGAUGCAAAGAGGGCAGCAGCAAAGGCAACAAGUAGAGGUCCUCCAACAAGGGGUAGACCACCAAAAGCUGCUACCAGCAUUGUCAGAAAUGCUUCUAUAAAUACACAACCUUCUCAAGCUUCCUCAAGAUCAUUAAUGAGGAUCUGA